CCGCUGAGGACUGAUUGUUCUUGAUGUGGUGCCAUUCAGGAAAUCAGACUUUAUGAACUGCAGAGUGAGAUUUAUGCAAAUAACUUUCACUCGUUCUGGAAGGUUUUAAUGAUUUUCUUCCACAUUUAUUGAGAAGCUAAAGAUCCUCUUCCCAUCUUUACUUUAAAGACUCAAAAACUUUUAUUUGUACUGCUUUUUUAUCAAAUCAAAUCACCAAGUGACUUCACCAAGCUCCAUCCCAUCGUUUCCUGGAAUGUGUUGGAGACCUGUGAGGCAGGGGGAUCACACGUGGGCAACCAUGUUGGGGCAGAGCGUGCGUUUGCAGCCGGUUCCCAUCCAGAACCUGUCGGAGUUGGAGCGAGCCCGGUUGCAGGAAGUGGCACUGUACCACCUGGAGGAGAGGGACCUGGACUUCAAGAUCAGCGUCCCCAGAGAAAUACGCAAACGAAGAAAGUCUCUGCGCAGGAAGUUUGACUCCUUUUCCAAGGAAAAGAAAGAGCGAGAAUCUGCUGCUAAGGCGUUCGGGAUCCCCCUCUCCCAGGUCAUUUCCAAUGACCACGCCUACAAGCGGCGGCAGGAUGCCCUGAAGGAGAGCCGGCGCGACUGCCUGGACCUGGAGGCCAGCGUCCUGCGCUUCAGGGCCGAGAAGUGGCAGUUCUUCAACGGGAACAAGCCUCUGGUCAGCUCCUCCGCCAUCACAGGGGGAGGUCCGGCAUCGCCAUCCGCCAACUCCGUGGCGCCCGCGCCACUCCCCGACACGCAGAACAAGCCCAUGUCGCCCACUUUUCUGGACAACACCGGCCGAGCACAGAGGAGGGGAGGGAUGUCGGUGGACUGCAUCUCCGACCUCGUAGAGAGCCAGUCUCGCCUGCUGGAGGCGCUGCAGCUGUCACACCCGGCUGAGCUGGAGCUGAUCAAAUCUCCGUCGGAGGGGAGGACCCAGACCAAGCUCAGCCUCAACCCCAUCUACCGGCAGGUGCCCCGGGUGCUGGAGAGGUGCUGCAGUCACAUCGAGACCCACGGUCUUCAGACUGUGGGCAUUUUCCGAGUCGGGAGCUCAAAGAAGAGAGUGAGACAGCUACGGGAAGACUUUGACAUGGGGGUGGACGUCCAGCUGGACGAGGAGCACAGCGUGCACGAUGUGGCCGCGCUGCUCAAAGAGUUCCUGAGGGACAUUCCCGACCCGCUGCUGCCCCGGGAACUCUACCCGGCCUUCCUCCACGCCAACUUGCUGAGAGGAGCAGACCAGCUGCAGUACCUGCAGCACCUCCUCUACCUGCUGCCUCCCUGCAACUGCGACACGCUGCUGCGCCUCCUCACGCUGCUGCACACCGUGCAGAGCUUCGCUCAGGACAGCGUAGGAACCAACGACGAGGAGAUCCCGGGUAACAAGAUGACGGCCGCCAACCUGGCAGUGAUCUUCGGGCCGAACCUCCUGCAGAAGGAACGGGCAGGAGACGUGAGUCCUCAGGCGAUGGGCAUCGAGGACAGCACGGCCAUCAUCAGCGUCACUUUGCUGCUCAUACAGAACCACAGGAAGCUCUUCAAGGUGUCAGCAGAGCUGCAGCAGGAGGUCCUGAUGAGCCUGAUCCAAACCGACCCAGACGUCAUUGAUUACCUGCUACGGAGGAAACUCAGUGGGAGCCACCUGACGGUGGAGAGCAGCGAGUCGGGGGGCCGCCGGGACACGGGGGCGUCUCUGGACUCGGUGGGAGCCUCCAGUGGAAGUCUGUCCCCACUCGAGCCUCCGUCGCCACUCUUCCCCCCCGACGGGUGUGGAGGUGGAGGAGAAGGCAGCCUGACCAGCGAGAUCUUCCUCAACGUCCUCAAACUGAACCAGAACCGGAAGCGGCAAGAGGGGAGAUUCGGUGAGGCUCCUCCUGGAAAGUCUAUCCGCCACAUGCGUCAGUUCCACUCCCAUCACAACCUGCUCAGCCUGGCCCACGCCUCCUCCUCUUCCUCGAGACUCCACGGAUUCCAGGACGUGGAGCCCCAGGAGCGCCGGGGCCCCCUGGGCUUCAACCUGGGCGGCGGCAGCAGUGGAAGCUGCUCCAGCCUGACCGGCUCCACCGAGAGCAGCAUCUGGGUGAGGCAGACGCCGCAGGAGGAGAGCAAACCCUCGCCGGCCGCCAAUUUCUGGGACUUCUUCAGCGGGAAGGGCUCGAGCUCUGAGACGAUGGUAUGAUGGGAAGCCAGAACAAUAAGAGGAAUAUAAAGAGAAAAACAGUGUGUGCAUGUGUGUCCUCGCAGUCGGAGGUCACAAACACCCAAAACAGCGCUCAAGUUCCAGUUACAUUUGCUUUUCCUAGUGUUUCAACACAUCCGUCACACUAUUCCUGAGAUUAAAGACGUGGACCAGCACCGUGCUGCUCUUACGAGCUCCUGGUAAUUCAAAAAGUCCAGAAUUCCUCCUGACGUAUCAUCUUAAAUGUCUGACGUUCACCAUCAGGCUGUUGGAGGCUGGGAAUUCCCACAUUUUCUGGCAACUACUGAAUGCAUCAUAGGUAAAGUACAAGAAAAUGAAGAGGACACCGGACACUAAUACUGUGCAAAUAAAGAUGAGGCAGAUGCAGUAACAACAAGAAUGUACAUGUGGUGUAUAUUACACAUUCAUAUUCACUCACAAACACAACUUCUCUCUUUUAAAUGCCUAAGUAUCUGUAUUUAACCUACAACAAUGCCUGUCCAGCCUGAAAACAUCCACCAAAAAACCUAAAUUUCAUCCAAAUGUUGCCAUGCUUUCACAAACUGUGUGAUCUGGUGCCCCUAAAUGAAUUGUGAAGGUGAAACGUACUCGUCUUGAGUAGUUGUGGGCAUUUACGCUGCGUGAGCUGACAGAGGAAAGGCAGAUCCUGCAGUAGUUUUACUAAUACAGGAUAAUCAGAUAUCAGUGAUCAAUGAGCAGGUUUUAGGCCUCACAAGGUUUUUGUUUUCAUGGGUAAAAUAUGAAGAAAGUGCUUCUGGUGGCUGAAUUUAUCAUUAAUCUCUUCUUAGCCAGUCUUUCAAAGACCAUUGCUCACCAUAUUUUCUGAAACUAGCAGUUGUGGGGAUGUAAAUGCAAAACGUGUACAUAUUUGGUGUAUUUCGCAUGAGUUGUUUCCAGCCAUUUAAGAGGGGGGGGGGGGGGACUGAAUGCAGUAUCUUAAUGGACUUUUAGAGCGUUACUCUGAGUGUACGUACAGGCAGCAGCCCACGUUAGCGUGCACUAGUGCAGUGAUUUGCAGGUCAGAUCAAGAUUAAAAUGGAGCCACAUACGACUUGUUGUGCUGCUUUUUUCUUUUUUUUUAACGUCUGUGUCACAAAUCGAUUUCGUCUUGGCACUGCAUGUGCACGCAUAGACUGAACUAAAGUUUACAGUUGUCAAAAUGUAAAUGAAACACGACUCAUCUGUUUGCCACUUACUCUUUCUAGAUGGAGUCAGCACUUUUCAAUGUUGGUGACUAUAAAACUGUUUUCUUGCGUCUCCGUAUCAACUUCAGCGAUGGAACUAAUAUAAAAAUAUACCAAUACAAGACAUAUAUAGAUGUAUAUAUACUAUAAUAGUUGCAUUAAACUGGAAUUAUAAUAACACACAGACUGCAAACACCUUUUCAAAUGUCCUUAGCUUAUCAGAAUCCACUUCUUCACAAUCUUUAACAGCUCUCUUAGAUAGUUGACGUAUGCCGGCUGAUUGAUUUUCAUUAGAUCAUUUUAUGGCUGAAAACUGGUUUGUCUCGACUCUCCAUGCUAUCAUUUUUUAGCUUCAGUUUAUUUUGAGUUCAAGAUGACCUGUUUGAGAUUAAACUUGCCUCAAAUCUCAUUGCAUCCAAAUUCCCAAAGUAUAAAAUCAUAAAUGAUCAUAAAUCGGAACAUUUAUUUCCUUAUGACCUUUCCAGUUGGCUGUAAUUCGGCCAUCAGAGUGUAAAUGAGGGUCAUUUAUCUGUUUGGGCCUGUUUUAAUGGUGCAAGUCGUCAAAAUGCACCAUAUUCUACAGUAUUUUGAAUUGUCAUCAAAGAUUCGUGGAAAUGAUGCUGAGAUUUUUCAGGCGGAGUUGUUUUACUCCACAUCAACACAAGAGGGCAGCCUUUACUGCUUUUACAGCUGUUCAUAAAGUCUGGACAGCCUCCCGUUAUUAUUAUACCUCUUCAGGGUCACGUGGUCCCGGCGAAGCGCGCUCACGGCGAAGCGCGCUCACGGCGAAGCGCGCUCACGUAUCUGUUAGGUUUCAGAAUAGUGCCAAACAACUAGCAGUUGCACAGAUGUUUUCAAUUCAUGUUCCUUUCGUUUUAAAGUCUUUUUCACCCCUGACUUUCCCCCCCAGAAACAGAAAUGUAUGUUCUUCACUUCAGCAGUUGAAUGUCUCAUCUUUUUUCUUUUUUUAUGAUAUCUUGUAGAAAUAACAAGAUAUAUAUAUAUAAAUAUUUUUUUUCUUGUCAGUUUUUUUUUAAACGUCAUUGUAAAACCCAUUAAAGUGUGUUAUAAACCAAUUGUUUCAGAAUGUACCGCCUGGCUGCAGAGAAUUAAAUUUCAACCCGUCUUUUGUCUAAGUGUUUGUCGUUCACUUCGCAGCAAAACAAAGAGAAAGAAAAAGGAGGAUGAGUCACAGUUCGGACGGUUUCUGAGCUGAGGUCAUGGCUAUGGCUUUGGCACGAAUAUAAGAGGAGCAAUUGUUUGAGUCAGAUGAUGAUUAAAAAAAAAGGGACAACUUUGAGGGAAAGAUGCAAGAAAUUCAGAGUGGCAAAAAGCCCUAUCUUGUUUUUUAGAAGGACAAAACCUUUCUAAUCUGAUAGACCUGCACAUGAUAGAAAUCCCAUUAAAGCACAUUCUUCAUUAAGUAAAAUACAGGACAAUGUAGCAUUGUUGUAGCUUUUUUUAGGCUUUCAGUUUUUGCAAACACAGAGCUUACCUUGUAAACGACGCUGCAUCUCUCUCCAUAGCUGUAGCUCUUUAAAAUAAAGCUAAUAAGGCACUGAGGACCAAGAAAGAAGAUUUAAUUGCUGGAUCCUGCAGAUAAAUGGAGUCAUGAAUAUGAGUUUCACUUAAGAUGUUUUAAUGAACAUUAAAGUCAUGCUAUGUAAUAAUACCACUCCAGAGCAAACGGGGGCAACAUAUCACGAUAAACGUUUCUCAGAUGCAAAUAUGUCAAGCUUGGAUUGAAAACAAGGAGAACUCACAAGGACCCAAGGGCUCGUUUGGCAAACACCUUUACCACGGUCACUUUGGUGGCAUCCAGGAAGCCGUUUCUUAACAAAGAGCGUCAUGCAAGCCUUCUGAAUUACCCCAAAGAAAAUUCAAUGGUCAUCCUGAAUCAUGUGGGAAAAUGUGUUAUGGUUUGAUAAGACAAAGCUGACUUAUUCUUUAUUCUAAAAUAUAUAUUUGGUGCAAAACCCCGCCGGUUUUCAGACUUGUGCAGGAUACAGGAGAUGCUAAUCUGACGUUAGAAAGAUCCAGAACCUUCCACAACUUCCUGCAUUUCCUUCAAUGCCGCUGUCGGCCUUCCCAUUAGGUUAAAGCCUCAUCCCCUAAUCAGUUAUGGGGGGAGAACAUGAUCUCUGCAACAUCUCUGUGGUGCCACAUGUCCUCCAUCUGUCUAUUGGUACUUUUUAAAUCUUUAGCAGCUCUUUGAUUCUCAGUCGCAUAUAACUCUAAACCUUAAAGCAAAUAUUACAGCAAGAACAGGCUUUUCUGUGAUAUUAAUCUGAAUGGUUGUAAUUGCUGACAUGUGUGUGGCUUUUAGCCGAAGGCCUAACUUUGAAACUGUGAGAACUCUAUCAUUAAAAGGGUCUGCAAAU